AGUAGGAUGGACACAGGGGCAGAUAAAUGCAGGACUUCGAGAAGGACUGACUUUGCACCAAUUGUUUGACAUUUUGCUUUGGCAUUGAAAGAAUCUCUCUGUCUUACACGCUGACGUCAACUUUGAUUUGCAGCCACAGUUUUCCUUUCAGGCGCUUGGAAACUCAGAGCCUAAAAUGACCAGCGCGCGUAUUUACGCAAGAUCGGAUCAGUAGCGGCUCCAUCCAGAGACCCUUCAGCUCGGCGCUCUCAUCACGUGCUUCAGCUCAAUCCAUCCAACAGCUUCAAGCAGAAGAAACUGUUUUCCACAGCUCAGGAAAAGGCUUGUGAAAACCGACAAUACUGACGUAAAAAAAAAAAAAAAAAAAAAAAAAUUUAAAUUAAAAAAGAUUUAACUAUUCGGAAACAUCGAGCCGAAAGCGCAAAAGAUCGGAUGUGAGUGGCGGCGUUGGCAAAACCUCCAGGACCAAGUGCCUUUCCGCGUCUCUAGCAAGCCGUGGGAAGUUUCUUUCCCCAUGAAAACCAUCUGACACACAUGAUCUGCUUCAUACACACUGAAACUGGACCACUGGGGAUACUUAUAUAUCCAUAGAUUGUAUAACAGCCAAGAGAAGACGAGGCAAGGAAGUGGAUCGUGUAUAAACUGAAGGGUUUGGGGUGCAUGCAUAAAUGCCAAGAAAUUGCAUAAGAGAGACGUCGCCCAAGGAAAACAAAAUAAUUUUAUGGAGGAUGGACCUGACAAACAAGGAGAGACGGUCACCGGAGAAUGGCCCAAACUCGGCAAGGGGCUGUUGCUCAAGUCUAAAGAUGUUCCUCGUGGCCUUGUCCUUUACCUAUUUUGCUAAGUCAUUAUCCGGGAGUUAUAUGAAAAGCACAAUAACCCAGCUGGAAAGACGCUUCGACAUCCCCAGUUACUUAAUAGGUGUCAUUGAUGGCAGCUUUGAAAUAGGUAACUUGUUGGUGAUCGCCUUUGUGAGUUACUUUGGUGCCAAACUUCACCGUCCGAAGAUCAUCGCCAUUGGCUGCCUGCUGAUGUCAUUAGGGACUUUUCUAAUUGCCUUGCCCCAUUUUAUAAUUGGACGCUACAAGUUUGAAACAUCGAUAAGAUCAUCGGUGAACUCAACCAGUAACCUCUCUCCGUGUCCAGCGAUGUCUGCUAGCAUUCUGUCCACAGGUCCCAGCACCUCUUCGAUACCUAGCCUAGGUUGCGAACAAGAGUCCAGAUUGUCCAUGUGGAUCUAUGUUUUCCUGGGAAAUAUCUUGCGUGGAAUUGGCGAGACCCCAGUGCAACCUCUAGGAAUCUCAUACAUAGAUGACCAUGCUUUGGAGGAAAAUGCUGCAUUCUAUAUUGGAUGUGUCCAGACAAUAUCGGUCAUUGGUCCCGUGUUUGGGUACCUGCUGGGGUCCAUCUGUGCCAAGAUAUACGUGGACAUUGGAUUUGUCAACAUGGAGAGCAUUAGCAUCACCCCAGGAGAUGCUCGCUGGGUCGGUGCCUGGUGGCUGGGGUACCUCAUUGCAGGGCUCAUAACCCUCCUGUCUGCCGUGCCAUUCUGGUUUUUGCCCAAGUCUUUGCCACUGCCAGAUAGACGGCUUGCCAAGUAUUCUCCUGAGCGAACCAGCUUCAUCAAAGACUCGCCCCUCCUGGAGCACAAGUACCAAGCAGAUGAGCCAACAAACUUCGUAGAAAUGGCCAAAGACUUUUUGCCAACACUAAGAUCCCUGUUAGGGAAUCCAGUCUAUUUUUUAUACUUGUGUGUGACAAUCAUCCAGUUCAACUCUUUGAUCGGAAUGGUGACAUACAAGCCCAAAUACAUUGAGCAACAUUACGGACAGUCAGCGUCCAAGGCCAACUUCUUAAUGGGAGUUAUCAACAUCCCAGCUGUAGCCUUGGGAAUGUUCUCAGGGGGCGUUAUCAUGAAGAAGUUCAAGCUGAGUAUCAUGGGAGCAGCCAAGUUUGCACUGGGAACGUCUCUCCUGGGCUACUUUCUGUCACUUUUCUUCUUCGCAAUGGGAUGCGAGAAUGCCAGCGUGGCGGGCAUCACCAGGUCUUACAACGGGACAGAGAGUCUUUACAAAGUGGACAGUUCUCUGUUUGCAAGAUGUAAUGCGGUCUGUGAGUGUCCUGAAGCAAACUGGGACCCUGUGUGCGGUGAGAACGGCCUCACAUACGUCUCACCCUGCUUGGCUGGAUGCCGGGGGUCCCACGGCUCUGGAAUGGACACGGUGUUUGAGCAGUGCAGUUGUAUAUCAGCCGGAAAUCAAACAGCCAGUGCGGGCCAAUGCAACAACAGGGAGAGCUGCCAGCAAGUCUUCCCUUACUUCCUGGCUCUGUCUGUCAUCACUUCCUUUAUUAUCUCACUGGGUGGGACGCCGGGAUACAUGCUGCUCAUCAGAUGCAUCAGGCCGCAGCUCAAGUCAUUAGCUUUGGGUUUUCACACACUGGCAACACGUACACUAGCUGGAAUUCCAGCUCCUAUAUACUUUGGAGCAAUCAUAGACACCACCUGUCUGAAAUGGGGUCACAAGAAAUGUGGUGGGAGAGGGGCCUGUCGAAUCUACAACACCACUGCCUACAGGAUAGCGUAUCUGGGUCUGACACUGGGGUUACGGACAGCUUCCUUCUUCCUGUGCGUGCUUGGGCUGGUGGUGUUACGACGGCACGUUAAAAAGCAAGAGCGCAGCACACUCGCCAAUGGAGUCACGGGGACCGCAGCCGGUGAACUGCAGGCCCUUAGGAAGGAAGAAAGCAACGGGUCUAGCUCAGACCAAUGCCCACGAACCUCAGAUUAUGACCCAGAGCGAGAGACGCGUCUGUGACACACAUACUGUACACACACAGCAAACACACACACAGGCCCGUGCAGGGAGCAACAGGGCUGUGAUCCAGCAUAUUUUAUUCAUUAUUUCUAUUUUAUCUUUCUACUUGACCCAUGUAAAUGAUGUGACAAGAAAAAGAAAUUGUUGUUUUGAUAUAGUCCAAUUAUUUCUUGAAUGUAAAUGCUGUUUUUCAAAAAGAAAACAAAAAAAAAACAACAAAAAAAAAGAAAGAAAAAAGAAUGUCUUAAAAACUACCUAAACUGGUUGGUUUCAAAACAGAGAUACUUUAGAAGUGUCUUAAAUACAGAUGCCGACUAUGCCACCCUACUAGAGGCAGUGAAACAUUGGAUGUCCUCUCAUUAAAGGUGAAGUGUGUAAUUUUUUUAUGUUAAAAUACUUGAGCCAUUUGUAGGUUAAAGCCCAAAGUAUACUUCAGUCAGAUGCAAAUGUCGUCAUCACCCAUUUUACACCAUACGUAGUGCUACGUGUUCUUCCCAAAAAAUUAAUCCUUAAUUUCAUCAGUCCACAAAACAUUUUCGCAGUAGCGUUGUUGAGUGUCAAGGUGGUCUUUGGCAAAUUUCAGGUGCGCAGCAAUGUUUUUGUUGGAAAGCAGCAGCUUCCUUCAUGGUGUCCUGCCAUGGACACCAUGCCUGUUUAAUGUUUUCUGUAUAGUAAACUCAUGAACAGAAUGUUAACCAGUUCCAAUGAUUCCUUCAAGUCUUGAGCUGUCACUCUAGGGUUCUUUUUUACCUCACUGAGCAUUCUGCGGUGUGCCCUUUAAGUCAUCUUGGCUGGAGGGCCACUUAUAGGGAGAGUAGCAACAGUACUAAAUCGUCUCCACUUAUAGAAAAUUUGUCUAACUGUGGACAGAUGAAUAUCUAAGCUCUUCGAGAUAACUUUGUAACCCUUUCCAGCUUGUAUACUUUGGUCAGACGCAAAUUUUGUCAUCAGCAGAGUGCUUGAGCACUGAACGCAUGUGGCGUGAUUUUUCUAACCAUGUGUACUCUGAAGACACAGUAUUCACAUCAAAUUAUUUGCACUAAUUAGUGGGUCCACAAGGUGGCAACACUCACAUUUCAGCCAUUGUUGUCACGAAGAAGCAUUAGAAGAUGUAAUCGCCGGUAAACAACAGGAAACGAAUGUGGAAACAACAACAGUGGAUGUGCACAUCAAGAACGCAUGUGUGAAGAGGUCAGGAAAUACCUGCAAUUUGUAUAACUCGAGUCUGAAGGAACGUAAAGACAUCUUUAUGGGUCUAAACUCGUGAAGAGAAAUAGUCCAGUAUCUCAAAGUAGUCGUCAAAUGAAGUAUACUUUGGGCUAAGUCCCCUCAAAAGUGUAAAUACUGUGGUUUUUUUGAGCAUCCAACCAGCCCGACAAAGCAACAUUGGCUCAAACAAUGGCGUGCAUCAGCCAAUGGCAAACAGGAGGAGUGUUUGGGAAACCUGUUUGAAGUCAUUAUAUCUACAAUUCCACUUGGUGCCACUAGGGGCACAGAAAUUGCACAAUUCACCUUUGAAUGGACGUUAUUCACAGUAGCGCAAUCUUCCAUUUUUAACGGGGAUGACAACCAGGCUGUGAGGAAUAUAUUUGCAAUCUCUUCAAUGGGUUGUACAGUUGUUUACACUCUACAGUGUUUUGGAUUGUUCUGCUGAUGAUACAUUGAAAACACAUCUUUCCCAAAAAAAAUCAGUAGACGAAAAACUCUAUAAAACAGGAGUUGUGGAAAAUGACGUGAUCUAUGAGAUUUAUACAGCACAUGACAUUGAAGAGUCUGUCAGCCAGCCUCGUUUUAAUUCACGUCAAAAAUCAAAUAUGGCGCUACUGUGAAAAAGGUCGCCAUCCAAAUAGAGAUUGGAAUUACUCUCAUUAAAGCCAUUGUAGUGCACAAGAACAACAAGAUUAUACCUUUUGGGUACAUAAUCAUGUCCAAUCGUAACUUUCUCUUAUGCCAUACACACAGAUAGAUGCCUGUAACAGUUGACCAUGACACUGUGUACUUAAUAUAGGUAGGCCUUGGGAUAUGGCUACAGGAGGUUGACUACUUUGUCAGAUAUCCAUGAAGAUCUCAAACUGCUUCUCAUUUGUUUUUAACUUAUGAAGCGUUAUCAGGAAUGGAGUGUGCCAAGUGUCACACUAAUGAAACGCUCACCAUUGUGCUUUUCCAUGUCAUCUGGCAACAGUUCCUCCCAUUUAAGAAAAGCACGAGGAACGGUCCAGUACCAUAGGCUAGCGAACAGGUGCAUGAUGCUAUGGGUAUGUAAGUAAUCAUCGUCAUGGUUGAUGUUGUAUAAAGUGUGUAUCUCACUGUGAGAGAUGCUGUGUGUGUGUCGUUACGUGUGAACGGGUGCAUUCCUGUGCCAAAAAUAGACAAAAAAAAGUGCGAGAAAGAAAAGUCAACAUGGUCUAUUCUCAGGUUGUUCAAUCAGUUGUUCCUUAAAAUUUGCAAAUAAUUCUUUUAUAUACAUUUUCCUUUGUUCUUGGCACUACAGGUCGGCUCCUGGAAUAUUUGUUCAUUUUGGGCAAUUGAAGUUUACCAGUAACAACCAAGGAAAGGGGUUUUAUUUGUGACUUGUAAAGCGAAUAAAAUGAGUGGCAUUUAUUACUUGCUUUUACGUUAGGCAGUACAUAAUU